UUGACGUUGAAUCAACAAAUCUUUUCACUGUUCCUCGACGAUACCUUUUCCAACCGUUCUCCCUCUCUUUUCGCUUGUUCUCUUGCUCGCCACAUCCCAUCUAUAUCACGUCCACGCGCCAAAAGUUUCGACCUUGAAUCACGCGGUUCCUUCUGUGAUACUUGGUGCUCAUACACGGCAAUCCGGCCCAUUCCCAAAAACAGUACUCCACGAAAUUCCCUUGUGCUUAGUUUACAUCCAAGCUGCAUGGCCUCCCGUUCGAGAGCCACGCGAGCCUCAGGCUUGAGCAGGCGCAAUACUGGCAAUGCUGUUCAUGGCGCUGCUGAUCAAGGCGCUGCUGCGGAUGAUGGUGACAUUGGUCCGGAUGGAGAUGACGUGUCAGCGCGCCGUUCGUCCAAUCUGGGCAACAAUCGUCUUGCUUACAAGCGUGGCCACGACAAUCCCGACGCCCCUGGCACCCAACGCAAGCGUACCCAUCAAGAAAGCGAAGACGACGACAAUGCUGCCAGUGGCCCCUCGGUUGAGCCACGCAGCGCGGUUCCGGACAACUCACCCUUCGCAUCCCAACUCGAGGAAAAUCAGAAGGUUCUUGACCGCUAUCAAUGGUUGUCGAGUACUUCUGAGAACGGCUUAGCACCCCAGCCUGCGCCACCGACCAUCCAGGACAGCGCGGAUCGCACUCCAGCGCUUCCCGAGCAGCGCAAGGGUCCCGGUCGUCCUCCAAAACCCGCCAGUUCGGGUGAAGCUGCUCGCCAAGCGUGGGAGCACUUGAUCAACGCAAUUGGCCGUCCGAACGCCACACCCAGUGAUAUGGGCGCUCUUUUCAAAACAAUCCUGCCAUUCUUGGACAGUUAUGUGCUACUCGACUUCCUCAGUGCCUGCUUUGAAGAAUCAACUCAAGUUUGGUUUGACAGAUUGGAGGCUGACCCCGGCCUCUCUCAAUUUCGAAAUUUAAUCGCAGAGAUGACUCGAAACAAACUAUCUGAAGCUGAACGAUUGGACGACAUUGAGCAAUCGGCCUCUAGAGGUGCUGGAAACGGAUCUCAGAAUUCCAAGUGGAGAGGCAAGAAGCGCAGAGUUCCCACGAUGAUGCUGAGGCCUUCCAUCGUCCAUGGCAUACUCUUAGUGGCUGCCUUUAGGGUCAACUACGAACACUUUGGGAAGCCUCGAAGUUCCAACAAGAAAGGCAACAAUUCGGAUCAAAACGCUCGAAAUAACUGUCCUUCAUUUCUUCAACGAUUCCACACCUUGCUGAAGAACUUGGCCGACCCUCAGAAGCCGCUGCGUUCUUUGGCAUUCCAAACCUACGAGGAAUUUGAACGUUUUCAGACGUUCUUUGAACAAGCUGGGAAUCUGGACCUCCCGCAGAAUGAAGCCAAUUACGUUCGGAUCUUGCACUUCCUCGCCAUCCACUUACCCCCAUAUUUCAACCGCGAGUGACCUUGUGUCACUUGACUUUUGUGAAUCUACCUGACCUUCUUUCUCUUUGGGGACUGACAUUUUUGUCUUGGAGGACUGAGUAGCGCGUUUUGUGCCAGGCCAAUGAGGGAGAUUCAAAUCACACCAUCUAAGAGCCAAGCUAGCUUUCGUUGGACGCUAGAAUUGCUGUUAGAUGAUGCGAUUUGUCUCUCCACUGGACUGGUGAAACAACCUGUGCUGACUCUCGCCUCUCAUGCACAAUCUGUCUUUCUCCUCACACUGUCUGUCUUUCUCCUCCCACUGUCUGUCUGUCAGUCUGUCUGUCUGCCUGUCUGUCUGUCUGUCUGUCUG